ACCAUUUUUCCUCCGUCUCUUUCUCGCACUCGCACUGUUGGUCUUUGUUUCAUUCUCUGGGAUUACACAUGCCAUGAUGAUGUAGCUUCGACCCAAAACUCUCUCUCUCUCUCUCUCUUGAGGUUUGUCGUCUCGCUCGGGCGAGCACCAAUGGCGAGGCUGCUGCUGCUGCACCUUCCCCUCCUCCUCCUCCUCCUCUUCCUCCUUCGCACGACGCAGCGUUGUCGCUUUCUCCUUCCUCUGCAAAUGUAGCUGUCUCAGAUUCCCUCUCUCUCUCUCUAACGCCGUUCGAGCUGCUGCCUACCGCUCCCUCCGAUCCGUCCGGGCUUCGCGCGGGCAAUGUGCCUUUCCCGGCUCCUUCUCCUCGCUUCUUCUGUUUGGUGCUGAAUCUGCGGACCUGGUUCUUUCGCCAUUUUGGGUUCGGGACGGAUUUUGAAUCUGGAGAGUUCCUUUUGGGGGGGCUUGCGUUGAUUGGGUUCUCGGAGCUGCAUUUCGCGGCUGCGUGCUCAAGCUUGGCUCCGCCGCUCGUGUCCUGAGAUUUUCUUGGAUUUCGCUCUCUUGGGUUUGCGCUUAUUGGGUCUCGGUGUUCAGACAGCUAGUCAAAAGGCAUUGGCUCUAUUCUCUUUGAAUCUACCUCCUUUUUUCAUCUUCGGAAUAUUUUACUUGAUUGCGGUAGCUUGUUGAUUUUGGAGCUUUGUGUCGGUAGCGAAAGGGAAAGACACUGCCUUUUAUCGACAUUCUCAGGAUACCAUGAAAGCUUCUUCCAACUGAGUCGGACAAGACCAUUUGCAUUAGCGAAUGUAAGUGUUCAGGUUUUAUAGGUAUAAUCAACAUGGAGCAAUAUGAAAUACUAGAGCAAAUCGGCAAAGGAGCUUUUGGUUCUGCUCUUCUCGUGAGGCAUAAACAUGAAAAAAAGAAGUAUGUCUUGAAAAAGAUUCGUCUUGCUCGGCAAACUGAUAGGACCCGUAGAUCCGCACAUCAGGAGAUGGAGCUUAUUUCUAGAAUGCGGAAUCCAUUUAUUGUUGAGUAUAAAGAUUCAUGGGUGGAGAAGGGUUGCUACGUCUGCAUAAUAAUAGGUUACUGCGAAGGAGGAGAUAUGGCUGAAGCUAUCAAAAAGGCUAAUGGUGUUCUUUUCUCUGAAGAGAAACUAUGUAAGUGGCUUGUGCAACUCCUCAUGGCGCUCGACUACUUACACAUGAAUCACAUCCUCCAUAGAGAUGUCAAGUGCUCCAAUAUAUUCUUGACAAAAGACCAGGAUAUACGCCUAGGUGAUUUUGGACUUGCCAAAAUGCUCACUUCUGAUGAUCUUGCUUCCUCAGUCGUGGGAACUCCCAGCUACAUGUGUCCAGAGCUUCUUGCUGAUAUUCCUUAUGGUUCUAAAUCCGAUAUUUGGUCUCUGGGAUGCUGCUUGUAUGAAAUGGCUGCACAUAAGCCUGCAUUUAAAGCAUUCGAUAUGCAAGCACUGAUAAACAAAAUCAACAAGUCCAUAGUGUCUCCACUUCCUACAAAAUAUUCUGGGGCAUUCCGGAGUCUUAUCAAAAGCAUGCUGCGGAAAAAUCCAGAACUCAGGCCAAGUGCUGCCGAACUGCUUGGUAACCGACUUCUUCAGCCUUAUGUUCUCAAAGUACAAAUGAAAAUCAAUAACCCCAGACGCAAUACAUUGCCUGCCCAGUGGCCAGAAGAUGCUUGGGCUUACAGGAAAUACCGGUACUCGUCGAGCAAUAAUAGGGCCUUGAACCCAAGUAUAUCUGGUGCUGAGCAUGAUUCUGUUUGUUCCACUGAAGGAAGAUAUGUUCCUAGUUAUUUAAAUGAGAGAUUUGAAGAACUGUCAGUUGGAAGCACACAAGGCACAGUGAUUUGCAAGCCAGUUUAUUCAAAAGCAUCCAGUGUUGUCAAAAACCCAAAAAUAAGUCCUGCAAAGGCUUCUCCCACUCCAAAAAGACGAACCGAACCACUGAAGAAGCGUGAAUCGCUUCCUGUUUCGCAUGCUCCGAAGAACCUUGUACCUGCAGCUCGCAGAGCAUCUUUCCCGCUGCCCAAUGAUAAUGUUCUCCACCAUCUGAAGUCUCCUGAUGUAUCUGUGAACUCACCUCGAAUAGACAAGAUAGCUGAAUUUCCACUAUCUUCAUGUGAAGAGCCCUUCUUAUCUAUUUGGAGAACUUCUUCAACUUCUGCCCAGGGUUUCUCUGGCUCCCCGCGUUAUGGGGACAAAUCAAUAACCAAGGACAAAUGCAUGGUUCAGAUUUGCAACAAAUCUUCUAGAAAGCCUGCUUACUCUGAUCUCUGGCAGGGGAUUCAGAGAAGCAUGUUUCAGGUUGAGAGGGAGGAUGGAAGCGACUCUUCUAACCAAAAUGCAACUGCAGGAGCAUCAAGCCGCACUUCGUGCGACUCGCGGCGGCGCCGGUUUGACACGUCAUCAUACCAACAAAGGGCCGAGGCUUUGGAAGGCCUGCUUGAGUUUAGUGCGAGGCUGUUGAAGCAGGACAGGUACGAUGAGCUUAAUGUGCUCCUCAAGCCAUUCGGGCCUGGAAAAGUUUCCCCCAGGGAAACUGCCAUUUGGAUAACCAAGAGCUUCAAGGAGAAUACUUUGAAGCCAGAACAUUAGCUCAAAAGAACCGAUGCCACUUGUAACAUAAUUGUUAGUCGUAGUUUAUCAGAGUGGGAUUAUAGAAGCUUGUCGACAGGGAAGGAUACGGGAGGCACUAGGCACUUAGGCAGGCUAAUGAGUAUUUAGGUUAGAAUUCCAGGCACUUACAGUUUUGCCACUCCAUUUUAUGACCUUCCACUUGGUAUCGCCUGCACCAAUUGUUCAAAUCUAAGCUGACAGUGACAUUAGUUCCA